AUGAUUCGCGACCUGAGCAAGAUGUACCCGCAGACCAGACACCCGGCACCGCAUCAGCCUGCUCAACCCUUUAAAUUUACAAUUUCCGAGUCCUGUGAUCGGAUUAAGGAAGAGUUUCAGUUCUUACAGGCUCAGUACCACAGCCUGAAGCUAGAAUGUGAGAAACUCGCCAGUGAGAAGACAGAGAUGCAGCGGCAUUAUGUGAUGUAUUAUGAGAUGUCCUAUGGGUUGAAUAUAGAAAUGCACAAGCAGGCAGAGAUUGUCAAGAGGCUGAACGCUAUCUGUGCACAAGUCAUUCCUUUCCUGUCCCAAGAGCACCAGCAACAAGUGGUGCAGGCUGUGGAGCGGGCCAAGCAGGUGACCAUGGCAGAGCUGAACGCCAUCAUCGGGCAGCAGCAACUCCAGGCCCAGCAUCUAUCACAUGGACAUGGUCUGCCAGUGCCUCUGACCCCACACCCUUCGGGGCUUCAGCCUCCUGCCAUUCCGCCCAUCGGCAGCAGUGCCGGCCUUCUGGCCCUCUCCAGUGCCCUGGGAGGCCAGUCCCACCUUCCAAUUAAAGAUGAGAAGAAGCACCAUGACAGUGACCACCAAAGAGACAGAGACUCCAUCAAGAGCUCUUCAGUAUCCCCAUCAGCCAGUUUCCGUGGUGCUGAGAAGCACAGAAACUCCACAGACUAUUCCUCUGAUAGCAAGAAGCAGAAAACUGAAGAAAAGGACAUUGCAGCCCGUUAUGACAGCGAUGGUGAGAAGAGUGAUGACAACUUGGUGGUUGACGUUUCCAAUGAGGAUCCGUCAUCACCUCGAGGGAGCCCAGCACAUUCCCCGAGAGAGAACGGCCUGGAUAAGACACGCCUGCUCAAGAAAGAUGCCCCCAUCAGUCCAGCUUCGAUUGCAUCCUCCAGCAGUACUCCUUCCUCCAAAUCCAAAGAACUUAGCCUUAAUGAAAAAUCUACUACUCCUGUGUCGAAGUCCAAUACCCCUACUCCACGAACCGAUGCACCCACCCCAGGCAGUAAUUCCACUCCCGGACUGAGGCCGGUUCCCGGAAAACCCCCAGGAGUCGACCCCUUGGCUUCAAGCCUAAGGACCCCCAUGGCAGUACCUUGUCCAUACCCGACCCCGUUUGGGAUCGUGCCGCACGCGGGGAUGAAUGGGGAGCUGACCAGCCCCGGAGCUGCCUAUGCGGGACUACAUAACAUCUCCCCGCAGAUGAGCGCGGCUGCUGCUGCUGCUGCUGCGGCCGCCGCCUAUGGGAGAUCACCAGUGGUUGGAUUUGAUCCACACCAUCACAUGCGUGUGCCGGCGAUACCUCCAAACCUGACAGGCAUUCCAGGAGGAAAGCCGGCAUACUCCUUCCACGUUACUGCAGACGGUCAGAUGCAGCCCGUCCCCUUCCCCCCAGACGCCCUCAUCGGCCCCGGCAUCCCCCGACACGCUCGCCAGAUCAACACCCUGAGCCAUGGGGAGGUGGUGUGCGCAGUGACGAUCAGCAACCCCACGCGACACGUGUACACGGGCGGGAAGGGCUGCGUCAAGGUCUGGGACAUCAGCCACCCCGGCAACAAGAGCCCCGUCUCUCAGCUCGACUGUCUGAACAGGGAUAACUACAUCCGUUCCUGCCGAUUGCUCCCUGAUGGUCGUACCCUAAUUGUGGGAGGUGAAGCCAGUACCCUGUCCAUCUGGGACCUGGCGGCUCCCACCCCGCGCAUCAAGGCAGAGCUGACGUCCUCGGCCCCCGCCUGCUACGCCCUGGCCAUCAGCCCCGACUCCAAGGUCUGCUUCUCCUGCUGCAGUGACGGCAACAUCGCCGUGUGGGACCUGCACAACCAGACGCUGGUGAGGCAAUUCCAGGGCCACACGGACGGGGCCAGCUGUAUCGACAUCUCCAACGAUGGCACCAAGCUGUGGACAGGAGGCUUGGACAACACGGUCCGGUCCUGGGACCUGCGCGAGGGGCGGCAGCUGCAGCAGCACGACUUCACCUCCCAGAUCUUUUCUCUGGGCUACUGCCCAACUGGGGAGUGGCUGGCCGUGGGGAUGGAGAACAGCAACGUGGAGGUGCUGCACGUCACCAAGCCGGACAAGUACCAGCUGCACCUGCACGAGAGCUGCGUGCUGUCGCUCAAGUUCGCCCACUGCGGCAAAUGGUUUGUAAGCACGGGAAAGGACAACCUUCUGAAUGCCUGGAGAACACCUUAUGGGGCCAGUAUAUUCCAGUCCAAAGAAUCCUCAUCGGUGCUCAGCUGUGACAUUUCUGUGGAUGACAAAUACAUUGUCACUGGCUCUGGGGACAAGAAGGCCACGGUUUAUGAAGUUAUUUAUUAA